GGCCAUGUUAUGAUAUGUAAAAGGUAGACGUAGACACGUGUUUAAUUUGUGCUGCUUUAAUACGCUCAAAAUUUGUGUUGAUCUAAGUCAAAUAAAAAAAGUGAAAAUAAUAAAAACAAUAUAAUUCACCUUAGCUUAUUUAAAAGCCAUUCAAAACAUAUUAGUUACCCCGCUGGUUUUAAAAGAUUCUCCAAUAUUCAGCGAAAAUGGUAUCCGGUCGUCCUCUACUCUAUCUGUCACUGCCCGGUGUAGCAUUUAUACUCGGCGUCUUUUGGUUUCGGCGUAGAAAUAAAAAUCGUGUAGAUAAAAACGAUGACGAUGCAAACGCCGUAGCCAAUGGAAAGCCGGUUAAAGAGGCCGCCGAGCCCGGGAUAACACAGCGCAAAGUGAACGGUGUGCAGUCGCUUAAUGGCAAACUGCCCACUGGCAAUGGGAACGGAACAGCAAAUGCAACCAAAUCGAUGAACAUAAGCGUCGGCAGCGGCAGCGGCGGCGGCGGAGGCGGAGGUGGCGGUUUUAUGAUCAAUGUCGACGAGAAGGAGAGUCCAAAUACAAUGCUAUAUGGGAAAUCGGCACCAAUCACAAUACAGAGCAAUGGACGCGCAUCGCCGGGCAAGCAUCAGCAGCAGCAGAUUGAUUCGGAAAUGUUAAAAUCAAAGAUACAGGAUGCGGAGCACAAGAAACUCUGUUCCAUUGAUGAGGACUUUGAGAAUCUGUCAUCGCCCAGAGAUUUGCCCGAUUCAGUAAAUAAUCGCGUCACGUUCUACAAUCGCAAGGCAAACAAAAAGGCCGAGGAGCCAGUUGUCAUUAAGGCUACGCGUACACCAAAAAUAUCGCCAGAGAAUUCAUUUCUCGAGAGCAAAUACACCAAGGAGUGCGAACAGAAUAACAACUGUGAGCCGAUCAAUGCGGACAAAAAGCUGGAUACAUUAACAACAGCUACUCCACCAGCUGCAGCUGCAGCUCCAGCUCCAGCUCCAGUUGCCACAUCCGCUGUUGUGGAGCAGCCAAAGCCACAGACACAAUCAGAGGAGAAUAAUUCAGCUGUUGAACAGACAAUUGUGUCCAAAGAUGGGGAUGUGGACGUGAGUGCGACUGCCGCAGUCGCAGCCGAUGCAGCCGAUGCAGCCAAUGGCAACCAGAAACGCAAUGUGGAUGCGGCCAGUCCAUCGCUAAGCAUUUGCAGUGUACAAUCCGGGGAUUCCGGUAAAGGUUCCAGCCUGCCGCGUUCAGAGGCGACGACACGUGUAAAGACCUCGUAUCGUUUCUUCUUUCCAAAUGUUCUGAUUGGCCAGCUGUAUGGACGGAAGCGUUCGUUCAUCAAUCAAAUCAAGGCCAAAACCUUGGCGAAUGUGGGACUGAGCAAGAAUCGUUAUUCGUCGGGCAAACUGCGCAUUUGCACCAUUGAGGGCACCGAGAACGAGAUCGAUGCCGCGCUGGCCAUGAUACGCCAGCGUUUGCCAGCCAGACGCUAUCCAAAUUUCACAAUGCAGAGAAUUCACUAUGCGCUUCCGCAAUCCAUAGUUCCUCUUUCGACUGAAAGCCUCCAUAGCCUACAACUAAAUCUGAUCGAAGGCAUCAACAAUGAUGUUCUGGUCAGCGCCGUGCUCUCUGGCGAUCAUGUGUUCGUACAGCAUCCGCUGCAUCCAUCGCACCCAGCCCUGCAUGCGCUACAGAAGGGCAUGCUGGACAGUUACUCCACAAUGGAUGCGCCCAAGUUGCCGGGAAUUGAGAUCAGUGCCGUUUGUGUUAUGCCCAUCAAUGGGUUUUGGUAUCGCGUACAAAUUUGUGAUAGCGAUGCCGACGAUGAGGAGCGCUGUCUGGUCAAAUUCUUGGACUUUGGCGGCUAUAUGAAUGUCAGCUUUAGCGAAUUGCGUCAAAUACGCACGGACUUUAUGACGCUGCCAUUCCAGGCAACCGAAUGCAUACUGUCCAACAUCGAGCCAAUCGAUGACACCUGGUCGACCGAUGCGGCUGAUAUCCUCAACAAAUUAACCAAAGGCAUUGUCUUGCAAGCACAAGUCGCCGGCUACAAUAGCCAUAAUAUACCAGAAAUCUAUUUAUUUGCUUCUCUAGGUCCAAAUAAUGUUAUUUUUAUCAAUAAGGAACUUGUCGCCAGAAAUCUCGCUAAGUGGGUCGAGAUGCGUGACUAACAGCCUUCAUGAACAACAAACAAGGAAAUUUAAACAUCAAUUUUAGUAGCUACAACAAUAACAACAGCAUCAACAGCAGCAGCAGCAGCAGCAGCAGCAACAGCAACAACAACUUUAAUCAGCAGCUUAAAGUUAAAG